CUCAGGGCCCCAAGAUUGACCAUGAUGCCCAUAGUGCAUUAGAGAACCGAGAAGCCGGCAAUUUGGACUGUAUUGGCAUCCACAAAAUACCGGUCAACCGCCCCUCCUAUAAUUCUCUAGAGCUUGGGAUAGUUACAUAGAAAAAAAAACCAGGCCUCAUCGAUAAGAGACAGACAAGAACAACAGCAACAGACCAUGACAAAGCUUCAAGCAAACUCUUUGUUCCUUUUUCAUGGCCAAGAUCGUUCGUGAAAAGAUGACACAGCUUUGUCGGAAGAUUAAUGUUCAUGUAAAUAUCAAGUGGAGUAUACUCGAACGUGUAUCGGUUUUUAGACAGUUUUUUCAGUUCAUUUGGGAUAGGAUUCUCGCUUGCUCUAUAGGGAAGCCUGUUAGGUAUCGCCGGCUCACUCGCCGGCCUUCUUCUCCAACGCCGGAGUUAAUUGAAGACGGUGGGUUGGAGUCAUCGGAGGAACCCACCACCACGUUUUGUGGGUAUAGCACGGAUUCGGAUUUAGUCACUUUGAAGAUCAGUUUGUUGGGUGAUUGCCAAAUUGGAAAAACAAGCUUUGUGAUCAAGUAUGUGGGAGAUGAGCAGGAAAAGAAAUGCUUGCAGAUGACAGGAUUGAAUUUAAUGGAUAAAACAUUACUGGUUCAAGGUGCCAGGAUUACAUUUAGCAUAUGGGAUGUAGGGGGUGACAGUAACUCACUUGAUCAUGUUCCUAUUGCCUGUAAAGAUGCAGUAGCAAUUUUGUUCAUGUUUGAUCUUACUAGUCGGUGUACUCUUAACAGUGUUACUGAAUGGUAUAGUCAAGCCAGAAAAUGGAAUCAGACGGCGAUUCCCAUAUUAAUAGGAACCAAGUUUGACGAUUUCGUCCGGCUUCCCCACAAUUUGCAGUGGCCAAUAGUGACUCAGGCAAGGGCAUAUGCCAAGGCAAUGAAGGCGACCCUUUUCUUUUCAAGUGCUAAACAUAAUAUAAAUGUGAACAAGAUAUUCAAAUUUAUCAUGGCAAAGCUCUUCAACCUGCCUUGGUCGGUAGAGAGAAACUUGACAAUUGGAGAACCCAUAAUUGACUUCUGAAGCGUACUUUAGGCACUGAUCAUGUACAUAGCCAAAAGAGAGACACACAAACAAAUUUGAAAAAGAAAACAAGAAAGCAGGAAAAUUCAAGCUCAUCAGUAGAUUCUUUCCUGAGGCAUUUUCUUUUCUUUUCUUUUCUCGUUGUUUAUUGUUUAAUCUUUUCCUUUUCCUUUAACUUUACAUUCCAUGUGCAAGUAGCAUGGCUGUCGUAGGGAGUUUCUUGAUGCAAAAGAAGAAAAAGAUGUGAAAUAUAAAAGAGUAGAAGCUGUUUGCUAGUUA